AUGGACGCUCUCCACAUCCUCAUCACAGGCGCAAGCGGAGGCAUCGGAGAAGCAACAGCGCUGCGCCUGGCCCAGCCAAACCCCAAAUACACAGUCAAGACAUUGGUCCUGCACUACAACACGAACGCCUCCAAGACGCAGCGCAUCAUGGACGAGAUCGGCCAGCUCAACCCGGCCAUCAAGGUCGCCUGGCUGCAGGCGGACCUGGGCUCGACCAAGAGCGUGGACCGGCUGCACCGCGAGGCAGUCGCCGCCGCCGGGGCGCCCAUCAACGUUUUGUUCGCCAACGCCGGGACCACAGCGGGCCACUCCGGCCCAACCGGCACGCUGGACGCCGUCUCCCUCGAGACGUUCGAGCAGGCGUGGCGCGUGAACACACUGUCGGUGUACCAGCUGACCCAGCUGGUGGCGCCGGGGAUGGCGGCGGCGGGGUUCGGGCGGGUCGUCUACAACUCGUCGGUGGCGGCGCUGACGGGCGGCGUGGUGGGCGCGCACUACGCGUCGUCCAAGAGCGCCCUGCACGGCAUGCUGCACUACCUGUCGCCGCGGAUGGCCGCCGCCGGCGUCACGUUCAACGCCGUCGCGCCCGCGCUCAUCGAGGGCACCACGAUGCUGCCCGCGGGGGCCGAGGGGAAUGCGGACCUGAAGGCCAAGAUUCCCGUGGGAAGGCUCGGCCAGCCGGAUGAGAUUGCUGGGGUGGUCUGUCUCAUGAUCGAGAACGGCUAUGUGAAUAACAAGGUCUGGGCUGUAGAUGGGGGCUGGGUCCCGAGGUAG